AUGCCACCUGUGGCUGCGGUUGAUGGUGUUGUUUACUGCGCCAAGUAUGCCGGCGAGGUAUUCAAGCACCAGGGUUUCGGCGAUCUUAUCAUCACCUCCAGCAUGAGUGGCCACGUCGCUAAUGUUCCUGUUGACCAGCCUGUCUACAACGGCUCAAAGACCUACGUUACUCAUUUUGGAAAGUCUCUUGCCCGUGAAUGGCGCGACUUUGCGCGAGUUCAUAUCGUUUCCCCCGGAUUCUUCGAUAUCAAAUUGGGUGCCAGCCCUCUUUGUAUUCAAGAAGCAUACCGUACGUCGUCUAUGGGACGACAGGGCCAUGUCAAGGAGAUCAAAGGGUUGUACCUCUACCUUGCUAGUGAUGCCUCCACGCAUAUGACAGGCAGCGAUGUCCUUAUUGAUGGAGGUUAUGUUUUGCCCUAA